UUCCCAUUCCCCAACAGACAGCAGCAAAACCCAAACCCAUCCAUUCCCCUCACUCUAUCUUCAACCCCAAGAGCCAAAGCUCACUGAAUUCGAGAGAGAGAGACAGAUGGCCUCAUCAAUAGCAAAUCCUCUCCUUUCAACCCCCUUCUAUGGCACCAAGCUCCAUCACAAGACACCCACUUCAAUUCCAUCUCUACCUUCUCUCUUUCUCUCCAUAAAGCAUUCCAAAUCCCCCAAAUCUCUCCUCCUUCCUCCUAAUAACAAAAAACCCAAUUCCCAAAACUCUUCCAAUCUCUUUAAUUUCUCAUCUCAAGCCACAUUAGCCGCUAUCCUCUUCUCCACCCUUUCUCAAAAUACCCCUCCGGCUUUUGCCUUGGACAACAAUGGCCCCACUACCCCUCCAUCCUUCGCACCUCCCAUGCAAGCAGAGGCCACAAAACCCAGCUCACCUUCUUCACCUUUCGCCCAAUCUCUACUCCUCACAGCCCCCAAGACUCAAUCUCAGUCAUCCGAUCUUCCCGAAGGGUCCCAAUGGCGAUACAGUGAAUUCCUCAAUGCCGUCAAGAGAGGAAAGGUUGAGCGAGUCCGCUUCAGCAAGGAUGGGAGUGGACUCCAGCUCACAGCCGUUGAUGGCCGCCGGGCCACUGUCACUGUCCCUAAUGACCCCGACCUUAUUGAUAUUCUUGCUAUGAACGGCGUCGACAUCUCUGUCUCCGAAGGUGACUCUGGCAACGGACUCUUCAAUUUCAUCGGAAAUCUUCUUUUCCCAUUCCUCGCCUUUGCUGGCCUCUUCUUCCUCUUCCGCCGCGCCCAGGGUGGUCCAGGAGGGCCUGGUGGCCUCGGCGGGCCAAUGGAUUUUGGACGGUCCAAGUCCAAGUUCCAGGAGGUCCCUGAAACUGGUGUGUCCUUUUCUGAUGUCGCGGGGGCUGACCAGGCCAAGCUUGAAUUGCAGGAGGUUGUCGAUUUCUUGAAGAACCCAGAUAAAUAUACAGCACUGGGUGCAAAGAUCCCGAAAGGGUGUCUUCUGGUGGGCCCACCUGGGACUGGAAAGACCCUUCUGGCCCGGGCUGUUGCCGGAGAAGCCGGUGUCCCAUUCUUCUCUUGCGCAGCAUCUGAAUUUGUUGAGCUGUUCGUGGGUGUCGGGGCAUCAAGAGUUCGUGAUUUGUUUGAGAAGGCAAAGUCAAAGGCUCCAUGUAUUGUGUUUAUUGAUGAGAUUGAUGCAGUGGGCCGGCAGCGUGGGGCUGGGCUCGGUGGUGGGAACGACGAAAGGGAGCAGACUAUUAAUCAGCUGCUGACGGAGAUGGAUGGAUUUUCCGGCAACAGUGGGGUGAUUGUGUUGGCUGCCACAAACAGGCCAGAUGUGCUUGAUGCUGCGUUGCUGAGGCCUGGAAGGUUUGAUCGGCAGGUUACAGUUGAUAGGCCUGAUGUUGCUGGUAGAGUUAAAAUCCUUCAGGUUCACUCCAGAGGCAAGGCACUUGCAAAGGAUGUAGACUUCGAUAAGAUAGCCAGAAGGACCCCCGGAUUCACAGGCGCUGAUCUGCAAAACCUAAUGAAUGAAGCAGCCAUUCUCGCAGCCAGGCGUGAUCUCAAGGAGAUAAGCAAAGAUGAGAUCGCUGACGCUCUUGAGAGGAUAAUUGCUGGGCCUGAAAAGAAAAACGCUGUGGUGUCGGAAGAGAAGAAGAAACUGGUAGCAUAUCAUGAGGCAGGGCAUGCUCUGGUGGGUGCACUCAUGCCAGAGUACGAUCCAGUUGCCAAGAUCUCCAUCAUCCCUCGCGGCCAAGCUGGCGGACUUACGUUCUUUGCCCCCAGUGAAGAGCGGCUUGAAUCAGGAUUGUACAGCAGAAGCUACCUAGAGAAUCAGAUGGCUGUUGCACUUGGCGGAAGGGUAGCUGAAGAGGUGAUAUUUGGGAAAGAGAACGUUACAACAGGAGCCUCAAAUGACUUCAUGCAGGUCUCUCGGGUGGCAAGGCAGAUGGUUGAGAGAUUUGGCUUCAGUAAAAAGAUUGGCCAGGUUGCCAUUGGCGGACCUGGCGGGAAUCCUUUCUUGGGUCAACAGAUGUCGUCCCAGAAGGAUUAUUCCAUGGCAACUGCUGAUGUGGUCGAUUCAGAAGUGAGGGAACUAGUCGAGAAGGCGUAUUCAAGGGCGAAAGAGAUCAUCACCACUCAAAUUGACAUCCUUCAUAAGCUCGCCCAGCUCCUCAUAGAAAAGGAGACAGUUGACGGGGAAGAGUUCAUGAGCCUCUUCAUUGAUGGGAAGGCUGAGCUAUUCGUCGCGUGAUGAAAAAUUGCAUCUCCCAAGUGUUUGUAUUGUAUUUGUUCAUAUACAUUGAGCCACCAUUACUAUCAAUGGAUAAACCACAUGCAUUAAUGUAAACAACAAGGGUUCUCUA